AUGGAGGAUCCCGGAGAGCAGAAUGGCAAUGCCCAUGCCCCUGUAGCUGCCGGCAACACUCUCGACGAGCCGCAGCAGCUGCAGCAAGACGGUGCCGACGAGGCCGAGCCGCAGCAGCUGCAACAAGAGGGCGCCAACGAGGAGGCCGAGCUCCUAUGGAAGCUGAGGAAGUACCUGGUGCUGAUGGCCAUCCUCGUGGCGGCCAUCACGUUCCAGGCGGGGCUGGCCCCGCCGGGCGGCUUCUGGCAGCACAACGACGAGCACGGCCACGUCGCCAGCGACAUCGUGAUGAAGUCCAGCUACCCCAGGCGGUACCUUGCCUUCUUCUACUACAACACCAUGGCGUUCGGGGCCUCGCUCCUGGUGCUCAUACUGCUCCUGCUGAGGGAGCUGACCCACAAGGCCGCCUGGCUCCGCGCGCUCCAGUUCGCCAUGAUUCUUGGCUUACUGGGGCUCAUGGGGGCCUUCGCCGCUGGGAGCUGCAGGGAGGUGAGGACCUCUGCUUACAUCUGGGUGUUACUCCUUGGCAUCUCCGCCUAUGUCACACUCCAUGAGGUGUUCUUCAAGCACCUGGCACCUGAGCGGCUGCGAAAAUUUCUAUCCGGUGUUAGUAAACGUUGGAAGGGAACUCCGGGGGACAUUUUCACGUCAUCAAAACCAGAUGAGCAAAAGGCUUCAAAUGCAGAGAGGGUAGCCGAUGAGGGAGUGACUUCAAUCCAGAUGGAAGAACCUGAAAGAAAUGGCAGCUCCGUGCAGGUUCUUGCAGAAGAAGAGAAGAAGAAAAAGGAGAAAGAGGCUGCAGACAGAGAGGAAGAUCUUGAAAGAAAUCGCAGCUCCUUGCUGGUUCUUGCCACAUUGGUAGCAACAGUGACAUAUGUGGCAGGGCUAACCCCUCCAGGUGGCUUCUGGUCUGAUGACAACAAGAACCACAUUCCUGGUGAUCCGGUGCUGCGAGACCACUAUCCACGCCGAUUCAAGGCCUUCUUCUAUUGCAAUGCCACUGCUUUUGCUGGAUCACUUGUCAUCAUCAUCAUGGUCCUCAGUCAAACAGCAGUGGAUCAUGUUGUCAAGUCAAAUGCUCUGCGGUUGUGUGUGGUAGUCAGUCUAUUUGGGCUUAUGGGGGCAUAUGCUGCUGGAAGUUGCAGGGAGGUACAUACAUCUAUCUAUGUCUUUGCACUUGUUGGCACAGUCUUGCUCUACCUCAUCAUCCAGUGUAUUGAACCUGCUCUGUCUAAGUUGGCAUGUAUUGCAAACACCAUCACACGUGUGAAAGAGAGAAAUAAAGAAAUGGUUCGGAAGCUGAGGGAUUUCAUCACUGACUUGUUAAAAUCUCCCAUACCAGUACAAGAUCAGUCAGACAACAGCACUCCAGGCACUGAUGGUAAGGAUUUCCAGAAGUUGCGCACAUACCUUCUAUUACUUGGCAUCCUUGCUGCCACAGUCACAUUCCAAGCUGGGCUGAAUCCACCAGGAGGCUUUUGGACAGAUAACAGUGAUGGGCAUAUUGCUGGUGAUCCAAUUUUGGAGACCAUCAGUCCCAAGCGCUACAAGGCAUUCUUCUAUUGCAAUGCCACAGCAUUUGUAGCCUCUUUGGCCAUCAUCAUCCUACUCCAGAGCCAGUUGAUUACCAUUCAUGCCAUGAAGCGUUAUGUACUGCAAACAGCAAUGACACUGGUGCUCUUUGGUCUUAUGGGAGCCUACGUCGCUGGAAGCAGCAGGAAGUUCUCAACAUCCAUUUAUGUGUUCGUCCUAGUCCUCCUAGUUUUCGCCUAUGUUGUACUUCAUAUUCUAUAUGAGAGGGCACUAGGGAAUACUGGGAGCACAGCAGGGAGUACUGAGAGCACAGCAGGGAAUACCGAGAGCACAGUAGGGAAUACUGGGGUUUCCAUGCCAGAAACCCCCCCAAAUCCUAGUUCUUCUGAACCUACUCUUGAAGAAAAAAAAGAUUUAACCUCCCAAAAUCCUAGUUCUUCUGAACCUACUCCUGAAGAAAAAAAAGAUUUGCAGAAGAGGCGCAAGUUUCUGAUGUUGCUCGCAAUUCUAGCAGCUUCUAUCACAUACCAAACUGGUAUAAGCCCACCAGGUGGCUUUUGGACUAACGGCCACCGAGCAGGUUAUCCAGUGUUUCGUGACGAGUUCCGAAACCGCUAUAGGGUGUUCUUCUACUUCAAUGCUACUGCUUUCAUGGCAUCCCUGGCAGUAAUUCUGUUGCUUGUUAACAAGAGGCUAUGCAACAAAGGUCUGAGGUGCCAUGCGCUAUGUGCAUGCGUAUUGGUUGAUCUGAUCAGCCUCAUGGGUGCUUUUGCUACGGGAAGCUGCAGAGAAGUGCCAACAUCUGGCUAUGUCAUUCUUGUUGUUCUUGCAGUGUUUGUCUAUGUCAUAAUUCAAGUCCUGGUUCUGACACCAAAAGAUAAGUGGAAAGAGUUGCUGCGGCCUUCUAAGAACCAACAUUCAUCAAUGAAUCACACGAGAAGUAUACAUGAUACUGAUAGUAAGAGAACAGAGCACAAAUGGCGCAAAGAUUUGAUGCUGAUUGGAACUCUUGCAGUCACUGUCACAUACCAAGCCGGUCUGCUUCCGCCAGGAGGAGUUUGGCCUGAUGACCAGGAUGGCCAUUUUGCAGGUGACCCUAUCCUCCAUGAUACCAACCUAACACGGUACAAGGUAUUCUUCUAUUGCAACGCCACAGCAUUCAUGGCCUCAAUGGUCAUGGUCAUCCUCCUGCUGAACAACACAAUAAGCAAGCACAAGAGAUCUCUCUUUGCCAUGAAAACAGCAAUGGUCUUGGACUUGCUUGGUUUACUUGGGGCAUAUGCUGCAGGCAGCUGCAGGAAGUUGAAGACAUCUGCGUACAUUUUUGCACUUGUCAUUGCCGUGAUAAUCUACAUCGUCAUUCAUGUCUUGUUGUCAUUUGACGAAGUGGCAAGGUUAGUGAAGCAGAAGGGGAAAAGGUGGGUGCGAUGUCUGAAAAGGUGUUUCUGUUGCAACUGA